UACGGAUCCGUACGGGAAUGUAAAUACUGGAAUUUAGACAAUCUCCAAAGAAAAAGUGACAAAUUGUUGCAAAAUGUCGUUACCACCGCUUCCACCACAAUUAAAAGCAAUCCAGCACUAUUUAAAGACUGCUACGGAACAUGAUAAAAGAGAUCCAGUGGUGGCGUAUUACUGUAGAUUAUUUGCACUUCAAAAUGGAAUGGAGAUUGACAAGAAAUCACCAGAAUGCCGAGCUUUUCAUGUUGCUUUGAUGGAUUAUCUGGAAAAGGUAAAGACUGGAGUUGAUUCUGAGGCUAUUCACAAUGAGGUGGUUGGUCAAGCACACAUGGAGAAUUAUGCUCUCAAAGUUUUCCUCUUUGCUGAUAAUGAAGACAGAGCAGGUCGAUUUAACAAGAAUGUUGUAAAAUCAUUCUAUACAGCAGGCAUGUUGUUUGACACAAUGUCUGUGUUUGGAGAAUUAAAUGAAGAUAUUGACAAAAAUAGGAAGUAUGCCAAGUGGAAGGCAGCUUAUAUACAUAAAUGUUUAAAGAAUGGAGAGACCCCAAUACCAGGACCUCAAAAUGAGGAUGGUGAUGAAGCUGGUGGAGUACAACCUGGAGGUGCAAUAGGAUUUGAACAACCUGGACCUUCUCAAGGUUAUGCCCCUCCUCCAGACCCGUCAUCAUACCAACCUGGCCCGACAACAUCCUACCAACCUGGGCCAUCGGCAUCAAAUUCUCUGAAUCUGCCUGGAAAUAACACAUCACCUAACGGUGCACCUACUGGGACUCACGCACCACCCUCUACGCCACAGGAUCCCCAGAAUGCAACAAGACCAGCACCACAACAAGCAUCGUUUAACACUGACUGGAAACCACCAACAAACUCAAGUGGAGUUUCACUAGAUGCACAACAGUAUCAAAAGGCUAUGAAAUAUUGUAAAUAUGCAAGUAGCGCAUUACAAUACGAAGAUUCAAGUACGGCCAUAGACAAUCUUACCAAGGCUUUAAAGCUUUUAACAACCGGAAAAGAUAGCUAAAAUCUGUGAUAUAUAUACAUGUCUGUGUAUUUAUUUGUGGUAUUGAAGCUUUUCUGUUUAUGCACGUGUAUCUUCUGGACAACAGCACUGUAAAACAAUUAGUAUUCAUUGCUGGUAGAUCUAUUGUCAUUUGUAUGUCUAAAUUUUGUGAAUAAUUUGGAUUGUAAAUGUUUGAUCAAAUUUUUGUAAUGAUAAUAUUUUUAUUAGAGACUUCUGGUUUUAUCUUCUUGUUUAUAAACCAGUCAUUAAAUCUGUAAAGUGUUUUUCCAUCUAGUGUUAAUGAUACUUGCAAAAACUAUAUAUAUCAUUUUUAGUUUGUACAAAGUAAAGAGUUAUUGCCCUUGUUUCAGUGUAUUGACAGUGUAUUAAGUAUCCUUCAUUAGAUAUAUAUAUAUAUCUUUUCAAUGUAUUUCAUUUUGGUGAAGAAUCAAACAAGUCUUUUAUCAUAAUCUCUAGUCUUGAUUGAUUUGCUUGUUAUACAUUUAAGUCUUCAAUCUUAUUUUGAUGGAAACAAACAUAAUGUCAUUGUGACAAGUUUAUGAUGUAUAGGUAUCUCAAAAAUUAGUGUGAUAAAUUGUUUUAACAAAGAAUUAUUUGUAACCUGAAAUAUUUUAUUCAUAUAUUAAACACAUUGGUAGAGAUAUUUUGUAGCAUUUUUAUGCCAACACUUCUUAUUGAGUGGGACAUAUAGACUUGCUCUUGUGCAUCCGUCUGCCCAACAAGCUGUGCAUCUAUAUACUGACAAAACAGUGGAAUAUAUCCGGGCAUUUGUGUCAUAUGGAUAUAUCUAUAGUUUGCAUUUUCACAGAAAUGUUGUAAAUACAUUUAAUGCUAAAUGAAUUUGUUAUUGACAGGUAAACGUGUCAAGUGUUUUAGCAUCCGUCAAAUGUAACAAUAUGGAAUGUAUCACAUAUUCCUAUUAAAAAUGUUCUUGGCAUAUCUUUAAUUAUAUUUUAUUUAAUCAUAAUGUUUUAUGUUAUGUAUAUUAUGUAAUUUUGAUUUUGUAGUAAAGCAUGUUAUUUACAGAUAGAGACAAUUUUUCUUUUGCAUUCUCAUUGAACAGGCCAGCCAUUGGGUGUUCUCUUUUUAUUGGGAAGAGGCCUUAGGCUCUUCAUAUUUGGAGAAAAAAAUGUCGCUAAAAUUGCUAGUUUUGGAAAAUAUUAACCUUAUGUCAGAAAGGAAUAUUUUGAGAAAUUUGCAUGAUUUUAAGGAAAAAUGAAAUGUCAAGAGGACUUUUUUUAUAGGCCUUUGUUAUAUCAGUUCAAAAAGCGCUGCCGGUUGAAUGUUAGAUAAUUACUAACUUCAAAACUGUUAUUAAAUUUAAGUUGAUAUAACAGACAGACUGUUGUAAAUUGAUUAUAGUUUAUAGAAUGUGUGAUACUUAAAAAGAGUAGGGUGACAUUUAUUAUGUUAAAGAAUGGUCACACUAUCCAGAUUGGAUAGGAGACAAACAUGUAAAAAAUCAACAUCUGUUUCUUCACUUUUCUUGUCACAUCACGUGUAUGCUUCCCCAUCAGUUUAUUUUUCUAGAUUUUCAUUCUUAAAGUUUUUUUGGUAUUAUGAAAGUUAGUCUUAUGAACGUUGUAAGUUAUGUAUAUCUCAAACUGUUUUAAGAUACAUACUUUGACAGUUUGAAUUAAUUGUACUAUGUAUAAUAUACAUACUUUUAUUUCGGAUCUUUUAUAUAUGAAAAAUAUACAAAAAUGUGUUUACUUCUGA